AUGGCAUCCCGGUUUUUUCUCCUCACGCUCACCCUUACUCUCUCCCUCACCCUUUCAUCCGCCACUCGCUUCCUCUCAGACUCCAAACUCGCCGCCUCAUCUCCGAUCGACCAAGCCUGCAAAGCCACCCGCUUCCCUGACACCUGCAAGGCCUCCUUGUCAAAUAAAACCCAUGACCUUCCCUCUGACCCUAGCCCUCUCCAAACUCUCCAGCUAGCCCUCAAUGUCUCCUUCAACGGCCUCAAAACCGCCCAAAAUAUGGUGGCCGACAUUCUCAACUCCGCCGCCGGCAGCGUGAACCGUACAACCGGCGCCAAAAAUUGCAUUAUUAAUCUACAAAACUCCGAGUACCGCAUAUUACUCUCCCAGGACGCCCUCAAAAAUGGCCGGACCAAAACCGCACGCGCCGCCAUGAGCUCCGCCCUGAUCUACCAGUUUGACUGCUGGUACGCCUUCAAGUACGCCAACGACACCCAGUUGGUCAUCUCCACCAUGUCAUUCAUCAACGACUCCCUGACCGUCGACACCAGCAACGCCCUCAGCAUGAUCUUUUCGUAUGAAAACUUUGGAAACGACACCAAGUCUUGGUCCCCGCCCAAAACCGAGCGUGACGGAUUAUGGCAGGUCACGCUCUCUAACAAUUCGUCCUCAGACUAUUCUGUACCAAAAGAUCUGACGGUGAACGUGACUGUUUGUAAGGAUGAUAAAACUGACUGUUACCGGACCAUACAGGCAGCGGUGGACGCGGCGCCGGAAAAUUCCAACGAAUUUUUUGUGAUUAAGAUAAAUGCCGGGGUGUAUGAAGAGAUUGUUGGGAUUCCUCUAGAGAAGAGGAAUGUUGUGUUUCUAGGGGAAGGCAUGGGCAAAACAGUAAUUACAGGGUCUUUGUAUGUGGGCCUGCCAGGAAUUGGGACGUACAACUCCGCCACCGUGGCUGUUUACGGCGACGGCUUCAUGGCCAGCGGCGUCACAUUUGAGAACAAGGCCGGCCCCGACGCCAAGCAGGAGGUCCACCAGGCGGUGGCUUUCCGAUCAGACAGUGAUCGCUCUAUCAUCGAGGACUGUGAGUUCCUUGGGCACCAAGACACUCUCUACGCUCGUAGCAACCGCCAGCUCUACAAGUCAUGCAGAAUCCAAGGCAAUGUCGACUUCAUAUUCGGAAAUGCGGCUGCCAUGUUCGACAACUGCACCAUCCUCAUCGAGUCUAGGGAAGUGACCCCAGAGAAAGGGGAGAAGAACGCCGUGACGGCUCACGGCAGGACAGACCCGGCGCAGGCGACGGGGUUCGUGUUCCGGAACUGCUUCAUUAACGGGACGGAAGAGUACAUGAAGUUGUACAAAAAGGAUCCCAAAGUGCAUUUGAACUACUUAGGGAGGCCAUGGAAGGAGUUUUCGAGGACGGUGUUCUUGAAUUGUAGCAUGGAAGGUCUGGUUUCAAAGGAAGGGUGGAUGCCUUGGAGUGACCAGUUUGCUUUGGCGACACUUUACUAUGGGGAGUAUGGGAACUCGGGACCGGGGGCAGAUUUGGCCGGGAGGGUGAAGUGGAGUAGUGAGAUUCCGGCCGAGCAUGUUGAUGCUUAUUCCGUGCAGAAUUUCGUUCAGGGAGAUGAGUGGUUGGUUUACAACUAGAGAAGAGGGAGUGCUUAAGAGCGAGUAUAAUGGGAUUGAUAUUGUAAUCCA